CAGUAUGAAGAAGAAGAAGUUAUUGAGGAAACGGAAGAGGCGGAAGAGGAAAUUGAACCUGAGCCAGAGCCCGAACCCGAACCCGAGCCAGAGCCUGAACCCGAGCCUGAGCCACCAAAGCCAGCGCCUCCUAGGCGUGUUGUUCCAAGCUCAAGAUCUCAUCCUGAGCUUAUCGCUAAGAAAAGUAGCAAGAUCUCGGCAUCUCGCAAACUCCACCUGAAGAUCCUAAUGCUUGCCAAAGCCAAAGAAGACCUGGAAAAAGAAAUCGAGGAAAGGAGUGAAGAGAAAGAAAAAUUCCUAGCAGAACGUGUACCUCCCCUCAACCUCAAUGGCCUUUCCAUAACUGAAUUGCAAAAUUUGUGCAAAGAACUGCAUCAAAGAAUUGAGAUUGUUGAUGAAGAAAGGUAUGACAUUGAGUUCAAAGCUGGAAAGAACAGUUAUGAGAUUCAUGAUCUGUCCCUGAAAAUUCUUGAUCUUCGAGGGAAGUUUAAGCGACCUCCUUUACGUAGGGUCCGUGUUUCAGCUGAUGCUAUGUUGCGUGCUUUGUUGGGAUCCAAGCACAAAGUAUCUAUGGAUCUGAGAGCCAACCUAAAGUCAGUCAAAAAGGAUGAUACAGAAAAGGAACGCAAUGUUGAAGUAAGCGACUGGCGUAAGAAUGUGGCAGCCAAGUCAGGCAUGGAAGGCAGGAAGAAGAUGUUUGAUGCUGCCAGUACCCAGUAAUUCACAUGGAAUAUUGCAAGUUUUAUGAAAGCAUAAACCAGUCGCUUUACUCUUUACUCUGCAGUGUUUCGUUUAUCAGUUUUCUGACACGGUAAAAUACUUUGAUUAAUUGUUUUCAAUUUCUCUAUCAUCCUACUGAAUUUCAGGUGCAGUAUUAAACUUCUUGCAACUAUGGUGACUACAGAUAGGAAAUGAUAAACUUUCACAUGAUCUGUUUAAAGUUACUUGCUUCCCUGUUAACUAAAAAUGAGAAGUAAAACAAUUCCUUUUAACUG